AUGCGGGAGAUGAGGCCACCGGCCCCUACACGCGUCGCCCGGGACACGCAGAACCACGGUCAGGCCGCACGAUCAACUCAGGGUCCCAAAUCGACCGUCCAGUCCCCGGCUAAAUGUGCGCACCGUCGCGGCUUUGAGACGCUUUGGGUUCGUAAGGGUCCGCGGGAUCACCCCGGGGACGAAAAAAUCAAUGGGAUGCCGUCACGGUCGUUGAAUGCACCCUCCAAAAUCGAUCUGUUGUGGCCUUUAACAUACCACGUCUCCGGUCGCACGAGGCAGUAA